AUUAAAAGGUUUUUGUUUGUUUUCGUUCUGUUUUUUUAUAUAUCUACCUUAUCUUGUCGUUAAACUGUAAAAGAUUCGUCAUUCCAGUUUAUCGAAAAGGGAAAUUUUUCACCUGGAUUAACAUGUGUAUCCGGAAUAAAUGGGACGUAACUAGGCGCUUAUUACGUCUGUGUUAAUGAUUGCGUAAAACCGAAUUUUAAACUAAGAUGAACUCGAAAAAUUCUCCAAGUCACCUGCCUGAUCAUGUUUUACUGCAGAUUUUUCGAUACCUCAAAGCAGAGGACAUUCUGAAUCUCUCAAGUGUGUCUCAAACCUGGUACAGAGUAUCUAAAGAUGAACUAUUAUGGAAAUCUCUCGUGAAAAGAGACUGGAAUGUAAAUCCAACAAUUGGAAUAGCUCCUGGCCAAACAUCAUGGUUUAGCGAAUACCUAAGGCUAUGGCAACAUACACCAAUAUUAGAAACAGAAGUACUGAAGGGCCAUACCCAUCAAGUGCUUCAUGUCAGUUUUUCGCACAAUGGGAAGUAUUUUGCCACCUGCUCGAAAGAUGGUUAUGUGAUGCUUUGGGAUGCUGGUUACCCUGCAAGAAUCAAACAUUAUUAUGAUAUGAAAGUAUACAGUUGGAAGAACACUCAGUUCAGUCAAUUCAAUGAAUCAGAUACAUUGCUGUUGGUAUCAGGAGUUCAUUUUGGAAACCAUUCAAAUACAGGCGAAAUCGCUGUUUUCAAUCUUGAAGAGGAUUUUGUCAUCCAGUGCCGAAUGUCAAACAAGCCGUAUGAUUUUUUCGGUACGUGGUACAAUGACAAUUAUCUAUUAUCGGGUGAUCUGCGCUGGCUUGCCCAUCUCGUAAGCACGUCAGUCGUGUGGUUGAAUCGAGCGUCGCAAGAAUCAGACUCUGAAUUCACCUCCAUUAUGAACCGAAUGUUCAAGUUUUAUAAUAGAAGCGCUUCGUCUAUCCGCUCAAUCACGGUAGCAAACUGUCGUUCUUUACCUCAACGUCAGCCGACAUCUUCUUCGCCGACACCAUCGAACACGUCUGACGAUUGCUCCUCAAAUAAAAGUUGUCAUGAGACGGGAAAUCCAAUUUCGCAUCCCGACCUUCCAACAGCUGACACCAAGACAACAGACCGCAGUUCACGUAAAGAGGAAGACGUUUUUUUUCAUAACUCAACUGAAGGAACCUUAUGGCCAACUAACUCGGGUGAAUUUCAGUCUUGGCGACGAGAUUCGCCGAAUAUUACGGCCGCCAGUUUACUAUGUAAUACUUCCAGAAUGGGAAACAGGGAUUAUGAAACUAAAGAGGAAUCUAAAAGCGACGACGACGAAGUCGAGAAGGAAUCAACCAGAUCAGAUUCCCCAUUAGCUUGCUCCGGUGCUGAAGCUAGUUCCCAACGCGCAGAGUCAGAAGCUACCGACGAUGAUUCGGAGGAAGUACUGGAUCCUCGUGAAAAAUUCUUGAUUUUCACUAUGGGUUCGCGGACUUAUACCCCACAUCAAAUAGGUUUAAAACGAAUAUCUCCGUUUACAUUUUGUAAUCGGAUUGAUAUCGGCCCAAGUUUAGCUGAACGAGUUGCUAUUCAGAGGCAAGAACGGCAAGCCUUGGAAGAGUCAUUAGCUCUAGGAAUCCCUCCACCCGAACCCGUUUGGCAAGACUUUGAGGCUGUCGCCGAUCGAUUUGAUCCAAUUGAUCACGUCAUUGAUUUAAACGGCCAUAUCAUUGGAAUGUCUUUAUCUCCAGACCACAGAUAUUUAUACGUAAAUGUCCGGCCCUGGCCGCAAGGUUGUAUUAUUGAGAAUCCCCUACAGCCGCCACCCAUAGCCCAAGAGAUUGACAUUCACGUCAUUGAUCUAGUCACACUAAAGCAGGUCGGAUCGUUAUUACGGGCCCACCGGUCUUUCACACCUAAUGAUGAAUGUUUCUUCAUUUUUCUGGACGUCAGCAAUAAUUAUGUGGCAAGCGGUGCGGAGGACAAAUAUGCGUAUAUAUGGGACCGGCAUUACGGCGUCGUUUUGGCCAAAUUUCCGCAUCAAGAUGUCGUGAAUGCCGUUUCAUUUAACCCUAGAGAUCCAGAAAUUUUGAUCACUGCUUCUGAUGACUACACCUUAAAAAUUUGGCGUUCUCGGCAUCGAGCCCGCCAACUUAACCUGCCUUUGGUGGACUUGCCCGUUGGUAUGGAAUUUCGCCAAAGGUCUUCACUCUUGAAUUAGAAUACAUUUUAAAAACCUAAAUAUACUCAACGACAUGGCAAUGAAAAGUGGAUGAAACGGUUCGUUCUCCAUUGCUCAGAUAUUAUUUCUGCAUUGUCUGUAACUGAGGCAUUUAUUAACAAAAUUUCGCUUUCUUGUUGCUGUUUACGUGUGACCUCUUGUUAUAGUGCGUGUGUGUUUUAAGACAGCUCAAGAAAAAAGUAAAACAAAGGAUGAAGCAACAAACAUAA